UUCAGUAGGUACACAUAGUCUAUUGAAGCAUAACAAUAUAUUUAAAAUGAUGUAUAAUUUAUUUUUAACCAUUUUUAUUACUUUAGUUAGUGUUAAUUUAAUAAAUUGUGAUCCGACUGUGACUUUGUCUCAGGGUGAAUUAGUAGGAAGAGUUUUUACCAAUGAAAAUGGAGUGGAGUAUUAUGGUUACUUGGGAAUUUCUUAUGCGAAACCACCCAUAAGAAAAUUGAGAUUUAGGCCUCCACAAAAAGCAGAACCAUGGGAUGGAGUUCUAAAUGCUACACAAUCUGGAAGUAUUUGCAGAUCUGUAAAUAUGCUUGAGAAAAAACUUGAUGGUGAUGAAGAUUGUCUAUUCAUCAACAUUUUCACACCAAAAACUUCAACAUCUGGUGAAAAACUACCGGUAUUAUUUUGGAUCCAUGGUGGAGGAUUUAUUAGAGGAUCUGGAAAUUAUGAGUUCCAAGGACCCGAUUAUUUGAUCGAACAUGAUAUCAUAGUAGUCACAUUCAACUAUCGUCUAGGACCAUAUGGAUUCUUAAAUCUAGAGCUAGAAGGUGCUCCUGGAAAUGUCGGAUUACUGGAUCAGGUUGAAGCUUUGAAGUGGACAAAAGAAAAUAUUGACAAAUUUGGUGGAGAUCCUGAUCAAAUCACUAUUGAUGGUGUUUCAGCUGGAGGAGCAAGUGUACAUUAUCUACUUUUAUCACAUACUGCAACAGGUCUUUUUCAAAGAGCAAUUGCUCAGAGUGGUAGUGCAUUGAAUCCUUGGGCGUUACAGAAAGAUCCUGUUAAGCGUGCGUUUGAACUUUGCGAAGCUUUGGGUCUUCCCUCAAAUAGUACUAAUGAAGAAGCCUUAGACUUUUUGCAAACAGCACCAGUAGAUAGCCUUCUAUCAGUAAAAUUACGUUCUGUGGUCGAAGGACAAUUGAUAGAUGACUUUGUGUUUGUACCAUCUGUAGAAAAAGUCUUUCCCACCCACCAGCCAUUUUUAGAAGAAACUCCAUUAACCAGGAUGAAAUCAGGAAACUUCAACAAAGUCCCGCAAAUUGUAGGAUUCAACAACGCCGAAGGUAAUAUGUUCACAUUUUUCAAAAAGCAAAAACCAGAUAUGUUAGAACAAUUGGACGCUGAUUUCGAAAAAGGCUUGCCUACUGAUUUGGACCUAGUUCGUGGAUCCGAAACUUCUAAAAAACUUGCAGAAAAAGCUAAAAAAUUCUACUUCAACGAUCAACCAGUUGCAACAAGUGAUCAACAAUUUGCACAAAUGUUUGGAGAUGAUUGGUUUACAAGAGGAAUUAAUGAACAAGUGAAAUUAACUGUGGAACACCAAGAUGAGCCAGUUUAUUACUAUGAAUAUUCGUUUGCGGAAAGUAAUCCUAUUAGAAAAUUGUUUGAUGAGAAUAGUACUCUUGUAGGUGCUUGUCAUGGAGAAGAAAUGCCAAACAUUUUGAAAAUCGAUAUUAUGCCUUUGGAAAAAGACAAACCGAGUGUGGUUUUGACUCAAAACCGUAUGCUCGAGUUGUGGACAAAUUUCAUCAAAACUGGUAAUCCAACACCCGAAGUGACCGAAAUAGUGCCUGUAAAAUGGGAGCCUGCCACCAAAGAAAACUUAUAUUAUUUGGACAUUGGCACUAAUUUGACUUUGGGAACAAAUCCUGAAGAGGCUCGUGUCAAAUUUUGGGAAAAUGCAUUAAAUGAAAUAUCACGUGAAGAUAAAGAAAUGAGUGCCUUUGUAAUAUUUAUAAGUUUAUUUAUUAUUUGUAGUGAAGCAACUGAAAUUUAUAGUGAUUAUGUAGAUGUAACAAUCGAACAAGGUGUUUUACGAGGUGCCGUCGAUUUUACGAAAGGUUCUAAAAUGUUUUACAGUUUUUCUGGAAUACCGUAUGCUGAACCACCUGUUGGGAGUUUGAGAUUCAAGGAACCUCAGGAGCCUAGUAAAUGGUACGAUAUCAGAAAUGCAACAGUUGAAGGCGAAUCUUGUAGAUCGCUGCACAUGGUUGGCUUAUAUUAUUUUGGUAGUGAGGAUUGUCUAUACUUAAACGUAUAUACACCUCAUAUACCUGAGGAUGACCAACGUUUGUUGCCAGUAAUGUUUUGGAUCCACGGUGGUAGUUUUUACAUGGGUGGUGGAACUGCAUAUCGGUAUGGGCCACAUUUUUUGGUUGAAGAAGAUGUUGUUUUAGUCACCAUCAAUUACCGCCUUGGAGCCUUGGGUUUCUUGAGCUUGGAUAUUCCAGACGCUCCAGGAAAUAUGGGCUUGAAAGAUCAGGUGGCUGCAUUAAAGUGGGUCAAAAGUAAUAUAAAAUAUUUUGGAGGUGACCCCCAUAAUGUGACAAUAUUCGGAGAAUCAGCUGGUGGUUCCUGUGUACAUUACCUUUUGCUCUCUGAUAUGGCAAAAGGUCUUUUUCAUAAAGCUAUUAUGCAGAGUGGAACAGCUUUAAACUAUUGGGCUCAUGAAGAAAAUCCGAGGGCGAGGGUCAAAGAACUAUGUAAAGAAUUAAACUACACAUUUACUGAACCAGAAAAGGCCCUCACAUUUCUCCUAAAUGUACCAGUUGAAACUUUGGUAGAAGCUGCUGAAAAUAUUACUCGUGCUCCACAAUAUGCAGGAAAAAUGAGUGAUAUUGCUUUUGCUCCAAUCACAGAACAAAUACAUCCUGGACACGAAGCCUUUUUAACACAACACCCUUUACAAAUCGAAAAAUCCGGUAAAUUCAACCAAGUUUCCAUCAUGAUAGGAAACACUGAUGGCGAAGGCACCAUGUUCAUGCCUCCAUACUUCGAUGAUCCCCAGAAAUAUAAAGAAAUUGAUGAACAUCUUGAACUAUUAGUACCCCAAGAUAUAAAAAUGGAUAAAACAGAAGCUGCCAAAAAGAUAAGAGAAUUUUACUUCCAAAAUCAACCAGUAUCUGAUAAAACGAAAAACCAAUUUGUAGAUUUAAUAACUGAUUUCAUGAUAGCUACAAAAACCAAUACCAUGGCUAAAAUCCAUACCAAUUUGUCGAAAGAGGCUGUGUAUUUUUACAGAUUUGCAUUUGAUGAAGUAAGUUUUUACAAACAAUUGUAUAAAAUCGAUAUGAAAAGAGCUUGUCAUGCUGAUGAAUUGUUGUAUUUGUUCACAAAUGAAAUAGAAAGUUUAGAAUUUCCUAAUACUCCAGGAAGUAAAGUUGAUAGAAUGCAGAAAAUAAUGACAAAGUUGUGGACAAACUUUGCAAAAACUGGGAAUCCAACACCAGAAAAAACAGAUUUAAUACCAGUUAUCUGGCAAAGUAUGACCAAGGAAAAAAUGCACUAUCUAAACAUUGGAGAAAAAUUAGAAACUGGAGUUGAUCCUGAUAAAGAAAGAUUGCAGUUUUGGGAACAACUGUAUAACUCUGGGAGAAGUAUUAGCAAUAUUUAUAUAAUGACAUCAAUUUGUUCAGUAUAUGCAGUAUUUAUUUUUUUAAAUAUUUUAUAGUUAUUAUUUAAUACAAAUUUUAUUUUGUUAAUUUAUUCUUAAGCUUUAACUUAUUAAUUGAGGCUGCGUUACUUACGGUUGUUUGAAUAAUUUUAUUCUGAAAUUCUUGAAGAUAUAUAUUUAGUAUGCAAGGUAUUUUAAUUUUAUACGUAUU